AUGGAUAGUUUUUCUCUUCAGAUCGUCAAUUCUCAAAAUCUCUUUCCCUCAUUGGCUGCCAUUUUCGCCUUCGCCCCACUAUCCCUCCUUGUCGGCACAACCGCCCUGCUUGCAUUCACUCUCUUAUUCCUUUCAAAUCAUACUACAAUCAAGUCUCCAACACCAAAAAUCAAAAAGCAUCCCCCAAGUCUUUUCAUGGAUGCGAAGUCUAAUGAUGUCCAGACUGUGAAUCAAAACGUGAAUAGCGGCAAAACAAAGAAAACACGAAGUAGACCUAAACCUCCCGUGGCUCGCGAUACUCUAGGCAUUCCUUCGGUCAAAAUACCUACUCCUACUCCUACACCAAAGAGUCCGUGUUUCGUGCAUUCGUACAUUGACCCGUCAAAUAGGCAAUCACUGACCGAAGUCAUUACAAAAAGUGUCAGCGAAUGUAAUAAUUAUGGCACGUUGGCUGAGACAGCCGUUAGCGUAAGGGAGAUUUCUAAAACCCUUGGUCAAGCGCGUAUACAUUCCCAAAUAAAAACAGUAAUGAUAGUUACAAAGCCAGGUGACAGCCGUCUUAUCAAACUCACUCGCGAACUUACACUGUACUUGAUCACGACACAACGAUAUGGCAAAGAUCAUGGCGUGACCGUGUAUGUCGACAAGCAAUUAAAAGACGUCAGGCGAUUUGGCUAUGAGUCAUUAUUGCGCGAAUCUCCAUAUGUAAAGGAUAGCCUAAAGUUCUGGACAGCCGAGCUGUGCGCUGCUCGUCCCGAGAUUUUCAAUUUCGUUUUAACACUUGGUGGUGACGGAACGGUGCUUUAUACAUCUUGGCUCUUUCAACGUGUGGUUCCACCAGUAAUGCCAUUCCAUCUCGGUUCACUCGGAUUUCUCACAAACUUUGACUUUGCCAACUAUCGAAAACACCUCACUACCGCCAUGGACGAUGGAAUUCGCGUCAACCUUCGAAUGCGUUUCACAUGCACGGUCUAUCAUCGCGUAGCCAACCCCGAUCAUUUAAAAGUAAAAGCCAAAAGGGAUGGUCUAACUGGUGAAGUUAUGAUGCAAAAGCUGUUGGACGGAGAGGGAAGUUGGGAAGCUUUGGAAAGAGAGAAGAACGAUGAUUAUCAGGCAGGAGGCCAAGAUAAAGAUCUGCCAUGUUUUGUGACGCAGGCGGGUGAAACGUUUGAGGUCUUGAAUGAUCUGGUAGUCGAUCGAGGUGCAGGACCAUACAUGAGCAUGUUGGAAUUGUUUGGUGAUGAUGAACAUUUGACUACCGUUCAGGCCGAUGGAUUGGUCAUAUCAACACCAACGGGAUCUACGGCGUAUUCCGUAUCAGCUGGCGGGUCUUUGGUACAUCCCGACAUACCAGCUCUUCUUAUCACGCCGAUAUGUCCCCAUACACUCUCAUUUAGACCUAUGCUAUUGCCUGAUUCAAUGGAGUUACGUAUAUGUGUUCCGUAUAAUAGCCGAAGUACUGCCUGGGCUAGUUUUGAUGGGAGAGGAAGAGUGGAAUUGAAGCAGGGCGACCAUAUUAAAGUGACACCUUCAAAGUUUCCCUUCCCAACUGUCUGCAAGUCGUCUUCAUCUCAAGACUGGUUUAAUUCAGUCUCACGCUGUCUACGAUGGAAUGAACGGGAACGACAGAAAUCUUUUGUUGUUAUCGAAGACUAUGCUAGUGAUUCCGAAGCUGAAGCCGAGGGUGAUUCCACAAAAGUAGACGAUGGCGGAAAACAUGCAGAGCAUAUUGAUCAUGAAAAACCACAUAAUAGAGGAAGCGUAAAGAAACAUCACGAGACACAUGUGUUUGCUUGUUAUGGGAAAGAUGCCGAAUCAACAAGUAGUGGAAGUGGAGAUGAACGCUGA